CCUAUGAGCAUGCGAUGCGGUUGAUGUCAGCAGCAGUAGCGCCAGUCAGUCCGGCGGAGCUGAGGACUGGAAGGAUGAUGGCGGCCGGCAGAGCGACUCUCUUCCGUUGGAUCUGACGGAUAAAUCCCCGGGCUCAGAGAGCCACCUCAACGAUGGAGAGACAGGGGUUCCCCGACCAGGACCAACUCCUGCAGUUUCUGAAGAGGCUCAAGGAGGUGUUUGAUGUCUGUGACGAGGAUGCUGACGGCUUCAUCCGGGUGGAGCACUUGAUGGACCUAGGGCUUCAGUUCGGUCAAGGAGACAAGGUGAAGAAGCUGACUAAGCAUCUGUGUCCUAAUGCUCAUGGUAAAAUAAGCUUCAAAGAUUUCUGCCAUGCAGUGUUCGCUAUUAAAGGUUUUGAAGAGAUAUUAAAGAUUGCUGUUUGUCCUCGGAGUCUGACAUCCCGGCAUCAGUCAGUCACAGACAAUGGCUACAUUUAUCAGAACGGUGAGGUAAAGCUUGGCCCUCCAAUUAUCACAUGUACACAGUCUUACCCAGAGUGCCGUGUGUAUGAUGCGAGGCAUGGAGCUGAGGCAGAAUGUGACAUGGACAGCAGUGUUGAAAACGCUCUCAGCUCUGACUCCCAAGAGACAUCACAAGACAGACAUAUGAUUGGAUUGGCGUCUGCCCCUGUCAUCCCCAGAGAAGAGCAGUUUGAGGACUAUGGUGAGGGGGUAGAUGUAGAUUUCAGCCCCAGCAGCCCUUGUCCUGAAGAUGACAGCAGGACAAAUGGUUUCUCAGACCUGAGUUCCUCACUCCCUUCCAGUGCUAGGCACACUCCUCAGAAGAUGCAGCAGCUGUACAACAGUGAUCUGUUCGACAUCUAUUGCUCUCAGUGCUGCAAAAAAGUUAAUCUUCUCAACGACCUAGAGGCUCGCCUGAGAAACCUCAAGGCAAACAGCCCUAAUAGAAAGAUUUCCAGCACAGCAUUUGGACGUCAGCUGUUCCAGGCCAACCAUAGUGUUUUUGACUCCAGUCAGGGCAGCAGCACAGAGGAUCUGUUCACAGACAGCAUUGACUCUUGUGACCUUGACAUCACAGAGAAAGUCAGUUAUCUGGAGAAGAAGGUGACAGAGUUGGAGAGUGACAGUCUGGCCAACAGUGACCUCAAGUCUAAACUCAAACAGGAGAACACCCACCUAGUUCACAGAGUGCAUGAGCUUGAAGAGCAGGUCAAAGAUGCUGAGACUAAGGCUGCAGAGACCCUGGGAGAGGAGAUGAAGAGGCACCGGGAGGCCUACAGCAAGAUGGAAAGAGACAGAAACACAGAGAUAGACCUGCUCUGUUGCAGGGUCCAUCAGUUAGAAGAGGAGAAUGGAGAGAUGAAAAUUAAUGUGAGCAGGCUCAAGUCUCAAUCUGAGAAAAUGGACCAGGAAAAGCAAAGGAUGACGGACAAACUGGAGGACACUAGUCUAAGGCUGAAAGAUGAGGUGGACCUGUACAGAAAGAUAAUGGAUAAGCUCUGGCAAAACCGCCAUGAGUUUCAGAAAGAAAAAGAGGCCAUGCAGGAGUUAAUUGAUGAUAUUCGUCGGGAGCUGGAGAAUCUGCAGUUGUUCAAGUUGGAAAUGGAGCAUCCUGGGAAGGGCAAAGGGCUGUCUGCAUAUAAUGCCAAGAACCGAGAGACUGAAAUGGAGCAUGAAGUCAAGAGACUGAAACAGGAGAACUUCAAGCUCAGAGACCAGAACGAUGACCUUAAUGCUCAGAUUCUGAGUCUGAGUUUGUAUGAGGCAAAGAACCUUUUUUCCUGCCACACCAAGGCCCAGUGCCUUGCUGCUGAGAUUGACAAUGCUUCAAGAGAUGAGCUUGUUGAUGCUCUGAAAGAACAGGAAGAGAUCAACCUGCGUUUGAGGCAAUAUAUGGACAAAAUUAUUCUGGCCAUUCUUGAUCACAAUCCUUCCAUCCUAGAGAUUAAGAAUUAAACAUUUCACAUUCACACACACACACACACAUUUGUGUUAGUGUAGUGGUGGCCAUGACACCAUCUUCCUAAUUCCCUGUAUCUGAAAGUUGGAAUGAAAGAUUUCAGCCAUCCCUCCAAACACUGGAUUGGGAAUGAACUUCCUUUUUCUAACAUUUGAUCCCAAAAAAUAUGCAUUGAACUGUUUUAGCUCAUUCGCUUCAUAUAAAUUCUGAUCUAAGCAAACAUGCUGAAGGUCAGGAUUGGUUAGCAGAUCUGAUGAAUCACAACUUCCCACAUUUAGACUUCAAUAAUAUCUUUAUGAAGAGAUAUUUUGAGUUUUAAUUUUUGACCACAGUUUCAUGCUGUUUAGAAAGAAGGCAGGAUUGUCAGUUCUGUGUUUCUUCAGUGUGAUGUUGCCUGAGGGGAUGGUUGAUUUGCUGACGUCUACAGUUACUGAUGUUUGCUACGACCAUUGUCAGAAAUACCAAGGAUAUUUCAACAAUGAACUUGUUUCUUAUCAUAAUACCUCUUCUUAUUAUACUACAAGCAGCUGCCAACUAAUUUAGUAAUGCAUUUAUUAAUGAAACAGUAUUUUACAAAAUAUUAGUUCUUCUGAUUAUUUAGUGUUACAAAGAAUAUUUUGUACUAUAUAAUAUUACGUAAGCUAGCAUUCAGAGACCCCUUUUAACACUUCGUAUUUACUUCUUCACAGUUCUAGAAUUGCGCCGCUCAAGGUGGCAGCGGGUUGGAGUAGCUCUGUUACUUUUAAUAUGAGCUACAACAGCUUUUAAUUUUCCUAUGGAGUUAAUAAUUUAUUUGUGAAUUUGAAAUUAAAUUAAAACUGCAUUUGGCAGGUUAGCACUACCACUGUACAAGUGGCUUAAAUGGGCAAAAUAAGACCUUCUAGUUGGUUUAAAAACCCUGCAGGCCUCCCCUUCAGACUGAAGGAGAUUAAUUCCAAACUUCAACAAAGCUAAGUUUAGGAAGUCGGAUAUGAACCAGUCACACCGACUUUACUUAGCGGAACUAGAAUAUUCUCAGGCACUGUUUGCUGGGAUUCGAUUUUGCUUCUUCUAAUACUUUAGUUUGUCUGUUUGAGCACAUCUGAAUGUUUACAUGAAGCCUUUGAUUUAUAUAGCAUUUAUUUCAAGUGUCAUUUUUUAAGUAAUAUUGUAAAUGAGCCUAUGAGUAAUUUCAGACCUGUCUCAAUAGUAAAUGUGCCAAUAUUGAAAAUAAUGUGCCAAAUUUGUUUAACUGAUUUAGAGAUAAGACUUAACAAACAUCUGAAGGUCCUCAUAUAAACUGGACAGCUUAUCUCUUUAAGCCUGAAUGACUGGAAGGUGUUGUGGCACAUAUUUCUCAUUUUUGUGUUAAAAUCAAGAUUUUAGCUGAAUGGGGGUAGGAGACUGGAAUGACUUUUUUAAUUGUCAGUCAUCCAAAAACGUCACUUGGAGUUUCAAAUUUUUCAUUUUUAUAGGAUUAAAGAACACUGUAAAGGAGUAGCUGUCACAUGGCUCACAGGCGGCUUCAUGCCCCUCCCCCUAUUGGCACGCUGUCACUUUGUAGGAUCUCACCUGCUGCUAGCAAAUAAGGAUGGAUGCACAUAAAAUCAAAACAACACUUUUCAUGUUUGUAGUGGGAAUCAAGUCCAUUCAGCUCAUUUUAGUCGUCGAGGUUUUGCAGAAUGCAACGUACAGAUACUGCAGAUAUUACUGCUUGCAAGAAAACUCAACAUGUCUUGUAGAAAUAGAGAACGUUUUGGUUCCUAUACACAACAAAUGCAACAAAGAGACCGCAGCAUUUACUCAUUGUUUCAAGCUUACUGUGUACAGUAGUGUUCUUAUGAGCUGACCAAGAAACUGAAUGGGCCACUUCUUAGAUUUAUGUUUUAAAUAAUCUCUUCUUAACCAGUGUUAAUAAAAUAUUGUACUCAGAUCACUUUCACACUUUGUCACAUUGAAAAGCUAUCUAAACAUAUUAAAGCAGUCCACAGUUGCCAGUGAGGAGUUGAGUUUUACACUGCAAAAAAGCCACUAUAUCCUUUAAAUGAAAUUAUGUUUGUGUUGCUGACUAGUCACCUUGUGAUUUCUUCUAUGUCAUUGCUUUAUUCAGUUGCAAAUGGCUCGCCACACAUAGAGAUGUACAAGUUGUUUGGCCUUAGAUUGAACAGUUUCAAUUAUGAGGUCUAUUUAUUGCGGAUAGUUGAACUUUAACAUAGUAUUUUUAUUUAUUUAUUCUAAAUGCACAGAUACAGUGACGCUGUUUCUGUAAGUCAUUCCACUUGUAAAAACUGCUUUCGAGUUUUGACACAAGCUAUUUAAAUUAGUGUACAGCAUACUUAUGUAUGUAAUAAUUACAUUACAACUAUUGGAUAUUACUUGUCACAAUUCACAUGUAUUUAUUUUGUUUUUGCUUACUUGUUUAAAUAAAAUCCUCUUGCUUUGGCAUGGCA